AUGGUGGUAACUGACAACCCAGCGCCGCUAAACCAGAGGGGCACUAGAGGAAAUCGAAGAUAUGAUCCUGACUACCAUCCGGAUGACUCAGACUACUUCGAUAAUGAUACCCCAAGGUCAGGACAAUCCUUUAUCCCAGAGAAACACCAACGUGCAGUGGAGGAUCUUCGUGCCGAAAUGAUGGCAGAGAUCAAGAAGUUGAAAACUAGGCAAGGAGGUGGAAGGUUGGAGCAAGUGAUGCAGGAAGAAAACACUACCCCGCUGACACAGUACUUAGCCAAAGCUUUCAUCCCACAUAAAUGUCCAGUUCCGGCCUUCGAGUGCUAUGAUGGAUCCAACGAUCCCGCAACCCAUCUUCGGUAUUAUAAUCGAAUGAUGGCACAAUGGGAUUACGAAGACGCCAUACUGUGCAGAUACUUCCCUUCAAGUCUGAAAGGUUCCGCGUUGUCCUGGUUCGACAAUUUACCGGCAAAUUCCAUCGAUUCUUACGAGCAGCUUACCGAAAAAUUCUUGGCGACCUACAUGUAUAAAAAGGUCGUCAACACCGGAAUGGAUAAACUCUUCUCACUGUCAAUUAAGUACAAGGAAACAAUCAGGGAAUACACCGACAGAUGGCAUAAAAUAUAUCAAGCCAUCGAAAAAGUGGAUUCGGUAGUUAACAUCAACUGCUACAAAUUGGGUCUAGACAGGAUGAGUCCCCUGUUUGUCGAGAUCCACGGCACCAUCCCCGCUACCGAAGGAGAUCUUCGAGUAGUCAUAGAAAAACAUGCAAGGUUAGAGGAGAUCCAACGAGAGAAUCCCAGAGCUCAGACUCAGCGUCCCUCACGCACGAAUUCUGUAGAACAAGCUAACAGAUCCAAGAGAGGCAACUCAGAUGAACGACCCAGCGAGGACAGAAGAGAACGAAGAGAUGAUCGACGAAGGGAUGACCGAAAAUUCGAAGACCAGGUCUAUACGAAGCUAAACACAAGCUAUUCACGCAUCCUGAAGGAAAUCAAGGGUCGGGAAAAUAUUGACUGGCCAUGGUCCAAGGGAAAGCAGCCCCCAAGAUCAUAA